AUGGCUCCCGGUGGUCCCACUCUUUGCCAGUCCAGCGUGGUUGCUGCACACCAGUCGCUACUGCAUAGGAUAUCUGAGGAUGGCGAAGACAUCCAUCUGCUUAAUAGCUAUGAUCUGGAGGGCCAGCCGGACCAGGACCGCAGCCCGAAUGGCACCGUUUGGGAGGAAGUGCGAGCGAAACCGAUGAAUGCUUCACUGGCAUCACGGCUGGUGCCAUGGAGUUGUGCGCAUCUGCAAUGUGAUGUGAGGCCGUGGUCGAAGAGGACUAUGUUCUGCCACGCUGUGCGACGGCCAUUCUGGGUUCUCGUUGUUAUCCUCGGCGUCGCCAGCCUCGCUUCCUUUGCAUGGAAUAGCAUCCUCGCCGUUCUUGCCGACAGCCGCGAUGCAGGCAUCUUCCCAGGCCAGCGGCCCUCGCUGUUCUCCGACUGGCUCACACACGGCGUGCUCCCAAUCGCCUGCCACUCCCACAACGACUACUGGCGGCGGGUCCCGCUAUUCUCAGCCCUAGCAGCGGGCUGCACCAGUGUGGAAGCGGACAUCUGGCUGGAGGGUGAUGAGCUGCGCGUCGGACACACGAUGCGCACCGUGCUGCCAAACCAGUCACUACGGAGCCUCUACUUGAAUCCACUCCUCGAGGUCCUGGACCGGCAUAACCCGGCCCGCAACAGCACCACAAUAGGCGCACAAUCCCAAUCGGAACCAGAUUCAGGACGAGAAAGAGACGACACAUCCCCCGUCGGCAUCUUCGUCACAGAGCCCACGCAGACGCUAGUCCUCCUCAUCGACUUCAAAUCAGAUCCAGACCUCCUGUGGCCCCUCCUGAUCAAGCACCUCCAACCGCUUCGCGAAAAGGGCUACCUGACCCACUUCAACGGUACGACCCUGAUACAACGCCCCAUCACCAUCGUAGCCACCGGCAACGCACCCUUCCAUCGCAUCGCAUCCAGCUACACCUACCGCGACAUCUUCUACGACGCACCACUCGACAAACUCACCCUGACGCCGAGCCCCUCGGAUCCUGAUUCGACGUCACCAUCUGUCUCCUACUCCCCCAUGCCCGAAUACACAAAAUACAACAGCUUCUACGCCUCCGUCAACUUCCACGCCAGCAUCGGCCCCCUCCCCUUCAGCCGGCUAUCACAGGGCCAGCUCGCAAAAGUCCGGGCACAGAUUGCGGCCGCGCAUGACCGUGGCUUGAAAGUGCGGUACUGGGGGACGCCGGGAUGGCCGGUUGGGCUGCGGAAUCAUGUUUGGAAGGUGCUAGUGACGGAGGGGGCCGAUGUGUUGAAUCUCUAG